AUGUCCACAUCUUACCCAUCUAUCAAAACUUCAGUUCCAGGCCCUUGCGAUCAUUGCCGCAACCGCGGAGCCGAAUGUCAUGUUGAUAUAACGAAACGACGAAAGAGACCAUAUUAUUUUGUCUCUGAGGAGGAAUUCCGGGAUAUGCAAGCCAUCCUGAAGAGUUACCUUCCGGAUGACGACCUCACUCCGGAAACCCUUCGUUCUCUUGCGCAGCAAUGCCGUCAUCAAAAGCCCCCUACACCGCAGCCAAAUCCCCCACCCAUAGCUACACAGCCAGUUGCCCCAUCUACGCCCGUUUCGGUGUCGGCAUUUGUGGCUCCUAGUCCUCCAGAAACUACGCGGAAGACACCGGAUGGGAAUUCACGGGAAAACUCCGAUUUUGAGCCGAAUCCAGAUGAUGCUGUGUUGCAGGAUGCUGUUUGCUUCCAUCAAAAAUUAGGAUGCUUGCUAGCCGAUUCCCUAGGGGAAUACCGCUAUAUGGGUCCCGAGUCAGGAUUGUCCUUCAAUGCUGCUAUUCGACGUCUUACAGGCGACGAAAUGUACACACCAGAAUCUCCGAAUAUUAUCCCCGGCAUGGUUACAGUCGCAAUGCCUCUUCCAAGUCCUCGAUCUCAGCACAUCAGUGCAGGGUUGCCUCCUUUGGAGAAAUGUCAGGCAUCUGUCAUGCGCUAUUUUAAGGAGGUGCAUUGUCUCUACUGGCUCUUCUCCUCAGAUAGGUUCCAUAUUCAGCUAGAGAAGACAUACCACACUCCCCUGGAAAGCCUCACAGCAUCCUGGCUAUGUUCACUCUACUCAAUAUUAGCAAUCGUUUACGUUGACAACAAUGGCGUGAAUGACCGUACGGCAGCAACAGAGUACCUGGAACAUGCAAAAUCCUAUGUUCCAACGGUCAGUGAUGAAGGAACACUCGACAGCGUUCGCGCCAUGGUACUCUUAAUACUACCGCUUGGCUCCCAUACCCCUCCAGACUACUUGGCUGCUUGUAGCAGUCUUAGUCAGCUGGCCAAAACUGCGCGCAACGAUGUUUACAAUAAGUCGUUUCUGAGUGUCCAGCGAUUGGAGAUGAAGGUUAUUAAAGAAGCCAUGUCUUCUUUGCAAGAAUGGGCAGACGCUCUUCCUCCUCAUCUCAGAAUUUCUGACAUGAUAGCCCCGCGCUUCUUCUACAGACCUAUCGCAGUCCUCCAUUUGAGGUAUCAUGGUGUCCGAUUACUUAUAACGCGGCCUUUUCUUCUCUACGAUGUCAUAUGCCAGAAGACCAUGUAUGGAAGGGGCAAGCUGCAAGCCCUUGAACCACUGAGUACUCUCUGUGUGAGUUCUGCGGAGCAUAUGCUAUCCAUUCUGGUGGAAAUGGUCGCCGAGUGUACCUUUUCAAGGUUAAUUGCUUUGGACUUUCUUUUCGCUUUAGAUAUUCUGCAGGUUUUACUUUCGGCAUUCGCUCUCUCAAAGGGGGACAAGGAACUCGCCAACAUACGGAAGUGUCUUCAGGUACUCCAGACCAUAGGAACUGCAGGAUAUGGUGAGAAGAUGAUCUCCGAAGUGAUAUUUGAAUUAGUCCAAUGGGGGAUGAUCCCAAGCAACUCUGCUCCUUCACAAUCUGAGCAAAGUGGAGAAGUAUCUGUGACGGGGCUCGAUACUGUGAACGACACUUAUAAUUUUUUGUUUGGGAUGUCGGAUACUACUCUUGAUCUUGGUUCCUUCCCGAUAUUCUCGGGAUUGGAUGUUCCUAUUCAGAUGGAAGCUGGUUUGAGCAGAUUGGAACAUGGCGCUUCUCUACAGUAA